AUGUGGCCGUUUUGGGGACUGGACCCGAACCGAGUUCGCUGUGAUCUGCUCUUCACAGAAGCCAUCAAUCAAAGGAUGCAGGUUCCCAACAGGCUGAAGGUAGCAGAUAGCUUCAGCCCUGUGGACGAGGAGCCAGUAUCAGAGGAUGUCCCUCCUUCCUUUCGGAUGCACAUCCCUGAUAGGAUUUCUCUUGCAGAAAUAUCAGAUGCUAGUUUGAGGCCCAUCCUGAACCAGCAAAGGAAGGUCCCCUCUGUCAUGGUACACACAUCUCCAGACAAUGCUGCGCAGCCCACCCGCCUCAGCGAGCUCCCUUUUCUGCACGUAGCCAGCAGAUCAAGCUCCCAGAAACGCAAGCGAUCGGGCCAUCACAGCAGCAGGUCGCGGCGGGAGAGGACUCCAAAUGACUGUGCCCAGCUGGCCUUGCACAGCCUGGACCAGCACCAGCACCAUGAGCGGCCAGAUGCAUGCUCCUUGCCCAUGCACAGUGCCCCACUCCCCCUCCUCACGGAGACAGGCAGGAUCUACUCCAUGCAGAACGUCUUCCAGACCAUGUACCUCCUGGGCCAGGUGCUAUUCCAUCGUGUCCGGGACUCUCUGCAAGAUCCAGUGCCAUCCAGGUCCCAGGAGGUCGGCCCUGCCCCAGAGAGUGCCUUGGAGGAGGUUGGGGUGGCUGAGAUGGCAGCAGUCAGAAAGCAGUUGACGAGGAUCUCCGGGAGGCUCCGCGUGCUGGAGGAGCAGUGCAACGCCUGGCGGCAGAAGGAGGCCCUAGUCUACUCCGUGCUGAUCUCCGCAUGCCUCCUCAACACGUGGCUCUGGCUGAGGAGAUGA